AUGGUUCAUGUUCUCAUCCAAUCUAAUCCAUCAAAGGAGGAAUGGCUAUUAACCUACAUGUCUGGGUCCACUCAUAUAGAUGACAGGAAAAUGCAAUGGAAUUUUAUUAAAGAUCUUAGUGAAAAUGUUUUUCAGCCGUGGAUAGUUUUAGGAGAUCUCAAUAUUCACAUUCAGAAUAAGGGACAAAGUGCUUCUAGCUUGUCCUAUGAUAAUUGGGUUAGAUCUGUAAUCGAUUUUGAUGGCCUUAUGGAUCUCGGAUUUAUAGGACAUAACUAUACAUGGACUGAUAUGUUAAACGGUAGAGGAUAUAAAAGACGUCGACUCGAUAUGGCUCUCCAUAAUGGAUUAUGGAUACAAUAUUAUCCAGACUCUAGAGUAUUCCAUCUACCAUUUAGAGCUUCGGAUCACUGCCCAAUUCUUCUCUCAACGGAAUCUAAAUGCUCUCGCCCUUCUAAAGCUUGGAAGUUUUAUAAAUGUUGGCUCAGAGAUUCUUCGUGUUCUAAUAUUAUUCAGCAUACUUGGAGUGCUUCUAUAAACCGUGACAGAUUCAUUGAUAAGUUAAAUAACACUAGGAAAGUCUUAGCUAAAUGGAACCGAGAGGAUUUUGGUCAUAUUGGUGAACAUGUCAGCUAUUACAAAAAUUUGUUUUCUCAUUUACAAUCACUACCUUUUAGUGAUUCCAACAGUGAGCAAAUUCAGAUUGUGAUACAACAGUUAUCUCAUUGGGAGAAAAUUGAGGCUGAAUAUUGGAAACAGAAAGCGGGUGAUCAUUGGAUUAUGGAGGAUGAUAAUAACACUGCUUACUUUCACUCAAGAGCAAAUAGGAAGAGAGCUAAGAAUACAUAA